AUGAAGGCCGUGCUUUGCCUCGCUGCCCUGACCGUCACUUUCGCCGUUGCCACCGCCGGUGGCUUGGGUGGCCUCGGCUACGGUGGUGGUCUUGGCUAUGGUGGCGGCAUUGGCCACGGUGGCUUUGGUGGCAUUGGCGGCGGCCUAGGCCACGGCGGCUUGGGCGGCAUUGGCGGCGGCCUAGGCCACGGUGGCUUGGGUGGCAUUGGCGGCAUUGGCGGCCUCGGUGGCUUCGGCUAUGGCGGAGGAUACGGUGGCCGCUACGGGGGAACCUACGCCGGCAGCUACGCUGGCACCUACGGUGGUAGCUACGGUGGCGGAUACGGUGGUCACCUCGGCGGCCUCUACGGCUAA